AUGGAUGAAAACGAUGAAGCUACGGGUUAUGCGUUGGUUGCACCAGAAGAUGCGAAGAAAAUUUUGUCAGGUGAAGCUACUUUGCAAAACGUUGUUGACGAAGAAGGAAAGCAGGUUCUAACUCUAGCACCUGUGUUGACUGAGGGCAGCGAAGAACGUAAUCAGACCGAUCUCGGAGGCCUGUCAACUGAUGAGGUCAACGAUUACUUGAAGGUUAGACACGGCCUCGCCAAGGACACCAAUAUCAUCCGCGAGUUCUAA